UUUUUGAACAUGAAGUAGGAACACCCAACAAGAAAUUCGUUAUAAAAUUUUUGAACAUGAAGUAGGAACACCCAAAAAGAAAUUCCUGGAGUUGCCAUUGCGGCGUCGCCUUCCAUGGAGAGCGAGGGCUGGCCUGCCCUCCAGCCUCUGCUGUGCUUCGCCUGGAUCGCCGCCACACUCCCCAUCAUUGCCGCUGCGCUGCCAAUCCCCACGGCCGUUGGAGGUCACCUCCUUCGCCGGCUGCUCUCGGCCUUCUCCUCCCGCGGCAAGACCGUGAGGCCCUCCCCCGCCUCAUCCUCUGGUUCCUCCUCUUCUAAGGCGAAGUUCACUGUUCCACAAAAAUACUUCAUGCAUUUUUAUGUGGUCGGAGUGCUGGCGACAACAAUUUUGCUUCUGGCAAUAUGGUUCUAUGCAUAUAUGAAAUUGACACCAUUAUUGCUUGAGUCAUCAAGUUAUUCCACAAUUUUCAGUCAUCUUGUAGGCUCAAAUUCAUUCUCUUUUGGUCGUGUUCGCUCGCGCACCAUGGGACACAAGUAUCGUGUCUGGCGAACAGUAUUUGCACUUCUAUUGAUGGAAGUUCAAGUGCUGAGACGACUAUAUGAGACUGAACAUGUGUUCCACUACAGUCCUGCUCGGAUGCAUAUUGUAGGAUAUUUGACAGGUCUAUUCUACUAUGUAGCUGCACCAUUAUCUCUCGCUAGCUCUUGUAUUCCUGAAGCAGCAGAGUAUUUUCAAGGUCAAGUACCUGAGUUCGUAGUAAAGGGUCGUGCGAGAAUGCCAGAUCUAGUAAUUGAUUCAUCAUCUCUACUACAGCCUCUUCUAAAGUUGGGGUGGACCCAGUGGAUAGGUGCUGUUAUAUUCAUUUGGGGUUCCCUCCAUCAGAUCCGUUGCCAUGCAAUUCUUGGAUCGUUGCGUGAACACAAAGAUUAUGAUGAAUAUGUAAUUCCUUGUGGUGACUGCUUUAAUCGGGUCUCUUGUCCUCAUUACCUUGCUGAACUAGUAAUAUAUUUUGGCAUGUUGGUUGCUAGUGGUGCAGAAGACAUUCCAGUGUGGUUCCUGUUCAUAUUUGUGAUCACGAACCUGUCAUUUGCAGCAGUAGAAACUUACAAUUGGUAUCUUCAAAAGUUUGAAGACUAUCCUCGCUCUCGCUAUGCUAUCAUUCCAUUUGUAUGCUAGUGUCUACGAAAUGGCUACAUUAUGUAAAGCUUAUGUAUUUGCACACAAUUACGACAUGUAACUUAGCUUGAUGUAAAUGUGAUAACAAUCAUACAACGUACUACCGUAGAGGCUGGAAGUUUAAUAUCAGAGCACCUAUGUACGUUGCCAGUAGUAA